AAUAUUACAGUAUUUUGACUCAUAAAAAUAGAAUCAGGCAGUUAUUGUAGAUUCUUGUGCAAGACAUUUAUCAAGUAAACUUAAACAUGGAAAUUAUGGAUCCUGGUUUGUGGUCAAUGGUUGGAUUUGGAAUGGCAGUUGUUGUUGGUGGAUUGCUGAUGGCAGCUAUUUCUUUCUUCAGCAUGAAAGAGACGAGUUUUGAAGACGUUGUUGCCGAGCAACGGAGAAAGAAAGAGCUCGAGGAUAAAGAGAGGUCACGUUUGAGCAAGCAGAAGCGGGAGUUCUUUAAAAAGAAAUUCGAAAUUAAAAAAAAGAAAGGCAACACCGAAAAUGGGAAACCAGUGAUAGAGCAAACCACUGUUCAUCCAGUACAAAGUAUUCCAACCACUGUUGCUGCUGACGAACAGAAGAAACCAAAGAAAGAAAAACCAACUAAGAAAGUAAAAGCAACAACCCCUGUUUCAGACCCGCCAGCAAAGCAGGUUGCCAAACUUGAGCAGUCCAGCGCACCAGUGAAGGAAAAACAACCAAAACCUGAACCAAAAGCAAAAAAAGUGGAACCAGUUAUUAAACCAACUGUUGCUGAUAAUGUGCAAUCUAAACCUGCAGUAAAGUCAAGCAAGAAGUCCGCUGAGCCAGCCAAGGAAACAAAAGUUGAGGAGCCACGUAAACCGAGACAGCAUAAAGUCUCUUUCAGCGAAGACGUGAAAUCUGUCGAUUCAGGAAACCAAGAACAGAAAUCCAAGAAAAAGAAGGGAAGGAAACAGCAAGAAGAGCAUCCUAUUAUUCAAGCAGUCUCGUCAGCAGAUAUUGAUGACUCCACUAUUUAUUAUUUGGUUGAAUUAUUGAAUCAACGCUUGCAAAGUGCUAGUGGGGAUUGGGCAACUGCUGGUAACGAUGUAAGCAAGCAACAAUAUGCUGAACUGCAACGUAAAUAUGAGAGCAAAUCUGUGGAAAUGCAGAAUGCCGUUUCUCAAUCAAAAAUGCAGAGUCAAAAAAUUCAGCAGCUGAACCAGGCAUUACAGGAAGCUAAGUUACAACAAAAAAGUGAGGUUCAAAAAUCUGAUGAAGAAUUGUUGAAAACAAGGAAAGCAUUUGAUGAAUAUCAGGCUCGCACCAAAACCCAAAUGGAAGAAGAUAAAAAGAUGAUCACAAUAAUGCAGGAAAAGUUGAAGUCUGUGAACAGCAGUGGUGAUGCUCUGCAGAAGAUGAAAGAGGAAAACGAUAUUUUGAAGAUGACAAUUCAAGCAAAUGCUUCACAGGUCGCAGAGAAAGACCGUCUUGCGCAUGAAGUCUCUGCCUGCCAGGCUAAACUCAAGGAAAAUGAACAAAUAAGGGUAGAGAUGGAAAGAAAGAUCGCAGAAUAUUCUGGAACUUAUCAAGACCAGGCACAACUUGAACAGUCAUAUACCAAACGAUUAGAAGACAUGGCAGCAAAGCUUAAAGCCACUGAAGGAAAGUAUGGAGCGCUUGAGUCUGAGUUUCAGGAAGCUCAAACCCAUCUUCAGUCCACACAGGCGAAAUCCUCCCAACUUAUAAGUCAAGUGGUUCUUCUUACCGAGCAAAAUGACCAGCGGUCUGCGCUAGAGAGUGAGUAUGGAAGUCUUGCAGAGACGAAGCAAGCAUUGGAAGAUCGACUCACAGCUAUGGAGGCAAACGAACAAAGCACAGCUGAUGAAUUUGCGCGUCUUCAAUCUCAAAACAAUCAACUUAACCUGAAAGCGACAUCGCUUACUGAACAACUCAACAAAGCUACAGAAGAAGUUAAUAAAUAUAAGCAGGGAAGAAGUGACGAAGUAACCAAUGUGACAAAACAGUUAAAAGAAAAAGAAGGUGCAUUGUCUGAACUUCAAAAGCGGUUUGAUGAUCUGACAGAGCAAUCUCAGAAGGCUGCAAGCCAAGUUGAAAAACUUGACAAGAAAAACAAUGAGUUGCGAGAGAGGAAUUGGAAAGCAAUGGAGGCUGUAGCUGCCGCAGAAAAAGUUGCUCGUGAAAAAUGUUCCGCUGCGAAGGACGAGCGAGAUACUGCAGUGCUCGACACAGAAAACCAAGUGAAAAAAUCACUUUCGAAAUCUUUCCCAUCAGUUAAAGUAGAAGGAAAGGACUUUGAAUGUUGGUUGUCUAAUUUCCUUGUAAAAGCAUCGGAGAGUGUCGUUGUUACUGAAGUUGUUGAUAACGAAGAUAAAUUACAAGAUCUUAAACAGCAACUAUCAGAGGCGAAGGGCAAAGCCGAUAAAGUUGAUAAAUACCAGUCACAAGUGGGAGCUCUUGAGAAGUCGCUCUCUGCUGCCCUCCAAAGGAACAAGGAAACCGAAGAAAUGAUAAAUAAACAAAAACAAGAAAUUAAAGGAAAGAGUGAAGAAGUUUUACAGUUUAAAGAGAUCCUUAAGAAUACUGAGGGCAUUCUUGAUCAAUUGCAAUCAAGUGUCGAAAAGUCUGAGAAAGAUAAACAGGAGCAAGCAGCUAUGUGGGAGAGCAAGAAACAAGAAGAAGUUUCAAAGUUGGAGAAACAGCUUUCUAAGUCAAACAAGGAAUUAAAAGAACAAACUGAAAUGCUUGUUAACAUGGAGAAGGAAAGAGAUAAUUUGAAGGAAUGUGUAGCACAGAGGGAGAGUGAAUUGGACACUUGUUUGAGGAAAUGUGGGGAACUGGAAACCUCUUUGUCCAGUGAGAAAGUGAACGACACACAAGAGCUUUGUGAAUCUGGCACUGACUCUCGGGAUACUUCUUCCCCUAUCCCACUCUCGCUCAAAGACGCAGAUAUUGAUAUAAACAAAGCGGAACUAACAGAGGACGAUCAUGGCUUCCUCAUCAUUGAGCAUGACGAGAGUAAUGCAUCCACAUCCCACGAGGAUCAGUCACGGGACAGCAGUGUGCAAGAAAACGGCCACAUUGACGAGAUUGCGAAACUCAAGGAGAGACUGGAGAAAGAGAAAACACUCACAAAGAACUUAGGAGCUGCUGCUGGGAAAUUACAAAAUGUGUUGAAACAAACACAAGAACAACUUGGUAAAGAAAGAGAGAAAAAUAAGGAACUUAUGCAAAAGAAGAAGGAAGGUUCAUCCAGUUCAUCAUCAUCGUCAUCUGAAAGUGACUUAGAUUAAAUACCCUUGUAGAAAAACAGGUCGCUAACAAAAACACUGACAAUCUUCUUGGUUAAUUCUUGAUUUCAGUUUUACCAAAACCAUCGAUUUAAGUUAACCAAAGCGUUAGGAAAGUACCUGAUCUUUUGUAUAUAAAGUUUCAAACAAUGCUAGCUUCAAAACUAAUUGUCCUGGCAUUGGUAACUUAAUUAUAAAUAAGAUUUUUUUCUUAUGCGAUCUGCUCCUGAAGUUCUUCCUAUUUUACCUAACUUCUAAGAUCAGUACGUGGGUGUGACAGAAGCGUUUGCGCCGCUAAAAAUCAUGGAUGCUCUAUCUAUCUGCCAAUAUUUAAAGUGCAAUCUAUGUAACAAAUUGGAAUUAGUAAAUUUAACUUUAAGCAUUUAGUAUGCAAUCGUGUAGCGCAUAGUUUGUAAAAGCAGUUAGAUUUAUGGUUGACCUUUUGGAUUUAAGAUUCUACAUAUUUCAAGAUUUGAAACUUCACCAAGUGAUACUUUGUGCUAAUAGAAGUUUACUAUUUGCCGCUGUAGUGUUAAAAUAAUAUUGAAGUUAAAAUAGAGUAUGUUGUGUUUGUUAUACUUCCUAAUAUUGAGACGAACACUAUAAAACAAAUUUUGAAAUGUUUCCGAUUCCUCGCUUAUAAUAUUGUGUACAGUUUAUACGCUUACAGUGGUGUGUAGCACAAUACUUGUGCAAAAUUGUGCUGUUUAAUUUUUCACCAUUCCAAAACUUCUUUUGGUUCAGAAAGAAAGUACGUUUAGCUUCCCUCCAAAAUGAGUAAUCGCCCUACAUAUAUAUUCGUACUCUUUAACGGUGUUAUGUAUUCUGAAAUGACAAUAUGGACCAAAAUAAAAAAACAGUCACAACGGC